CUUUGUAAAUAAAAGGAAACCUUUUGGCCACCGGGCUAAAUGGUAAAGGAGAGCGGUUGUGUAGGUGAACACGGUACGUGCAAGAUCCAUUUACUCUCAAACACGAAUGCUCACACAAAAACGAAUGCAUCGGGACAGCAUGGAAUAAAAAGUCACCGAAAGUUUAAAGAAAACUGUUCGAAAAUAUGAAGGAGAUUUUUUCGGAAAGAUGCAUUUAUGGUAACGCUCGAUCAUGAUAACCAUCGGAUACUGAAACGGUUUGCAAAAAGUCGACGGUUCGAGGUGGCACCUGGAUUCAACUUCAGAUACUCAACAAAACAUUUUUUUGCAUGGAUCCUACACCUUUUGAAAGGUUUCUGAAUGAUUUUGUUACGCCCAUCACGCCCUGUCCCCGUUAUAUAUGACAUAGAAGAGAGUCGGAUUAUUAUGUAACCGUCUACCUUGCUAUCACUACAAAUGCACGGAUAUAUCCGCAAAUGCAGAACCAGUCGUUCUGUUCACUUAACAUUAUUUGCGUCUAAUCCUCGCACUUGAUGACGUCAUUGAUGAACAAUGGCUACGAACACUGGGCCACUAAGAUCCUAUUUAUCCGGUCUUAUAUUUGGAACUGUUUUAUUUGGGAUGUGCUACUCCAUUUCCAGCUAUGCUGCUUACUUGAUAGAACAAUCAGCAUCAUCAGUUGCAUCCGGGAACUUAAGGCGAAGCGCUUUGUAUGACGGCCAUCUUGGAAGUCAACAUGAUCGUAAUAAUUCCGCAGGCGCUCAAGAACAUUUUCCUCAGAAGGACGUAACAAUGAUGCGAUGUCCGCAGGAGCUAGACUCGACAAUCGACCCAGGCAUUCUUGCCAAGCUAGAUUGCAGAAAGCGGCUUCCGCAGGUCAUUGGGAUCGGAGUCGAGAAGUGCGGGACCGGGGCCAUGGCGUUCUUCCUGACGAGCCAUCCGUCUAUCGCCCAUUCCACACCCCAGGAAAUUUAUUUUUGGAACAAGCACAGGGACAAGGAUCUCGAAUGGUACCGAGACCAGAUGCCGGUCUCUACCAAAUACCAGGUGACCAUUGAGAAAACACCGUCCUAUAUUUUUGAAAAGGAUGCACCGGAGCGGAUCAAGGCUUCGAUGCCCGACACCAAAUUCAUGUUGCUUAUCCGGGAUCCGAUUGUCCGAGCUGUGUCGGAUUAUCUCCAUCUCCAGAGUUUGGGACUUCCGGAGUUAUUGAGUCCGCGGAUAGUCCCACCCGGUUACGAUCCGCUAAGUUAUCUCAAUACGACCUUUGAAGGAUCCGUCAUCAAACCGAACGGUGAAGUGAAUACAGAUAACGGGAUCUUGGCGCACAGUGCAUACGUGCUUUACCUAAGGAGAUGGAUGAAACUGUUUCCUCGGGAGCAGUUCCUCAUUCUAGACGGCGAUGAAUUUGCUAAGAAUCCCCUUCCAGGAUUGAAACAGGUCGAGUCCUUCUUGGGUAUCCCACACUACUUAAACGAAAAGUUCAUCUACUUUGACGAACAGAAGGGUUUCUACUGCAAGGCCAUGCUUCGUGGUCGGGGAACGAUAUGCGCCGGAGCAACCAAAGGGAGACCCCACCCACCUGUUGACGAUGACGUCAUCAGAAAGCUCCGAAGUUACUUCCGGCCCUACAACACCCAGCUCGAAGAUUUGUUGGGCCAGCGCUUCUCAUGGAGUUAGGUAUAGAAUAGCCUUGACAAGGCAUCGCGGCGACAAUCCUCGUCAGUUCAUGGCUGA